AGUUGAACUAGUACUGUGAAGAAUAAAACUUUAAAUAUGAAGAUUAUUCUUUUCAUAUUUACAUCAUCGAUAAUAGCUUUAGCUUCAGGUGAUCAUUUGAAAUGUGGAAGAGUAGCGCCAAAGUGUGUCUACAAUCAAGAUUGUGAUAUCAUUUGCAGCAUGGUUACAUAUGCUCCAGAUUAUAUCUGUGGAAAAGAUUCAAAGCCUGAAAUUCUUGAACAUCCAAAUGGAGAAACAAUGAUUUGUUGCAUGGAUAAAAGUGGAAAUGAACCAGAAUGCAUACCUUCAACGGAUCCUCCAACAGACCCUCCCACUGAUCCACCAACGGAACCUCCAACAGAUCCACCUACAGAACCCCCUACUGAUCCACCAACAGAACCCCCUACUGAUCCACCAACGGAACCUCCAACAGAUCCACCAACGGAACCUCCAACAGAUCCACCUACAGAACCCCCUACUGAUCCACCAACAGAACCCCCUACUGAUCCACCAACGGAACCUCCAACAGAUCCACCUACAGAACCCCCUACUGAUCCACCAACAGAACCCCCUACUGAUCCACCAACAGAACCCCCUACUGAUCCACCAACGGAACCUCCAACAGAUCCACCAACAGAACCCCCUACUGAUCCACCAACUGAUCCACCUACUGACCCUCCAACAGAUCCACCAACAGAACCUCCAACAGAUCCCCCUACCAAUCCUCCUUGUACAAAUUAUGCUGGAAGUGACGAAUUCGAAAAAGCUGUUGAUGAUUUAAAGAAAUUAAGAGAUGAUCUUCAAUCUGCUGGAUCAUCCACAUCUGAAAUUGACAGUGAAAUUGAUCUGAUUCAAGAUGCCAUCGAUGAACUUGUUAAUUAUUUGAAUAAUAAUUGUGACAAUUUAGAUGUCACUUUUGUGAGUGAAAGAAUCUCAUACAUCAAAACAAAAUUGAUAGAUUUACAAUUUGAUGUCGAAGCAUUCACAGAUGAUUUAGAAGCAAACUUUUCAUGUGGUGGCAAAGAUUGUGGAACGAAUCCAAACAUUUAUUUGCGUGUUACAGAUUGUGCUUGUGUGUGUCGAUUGGAUUGCAAUUUAUCACAAGGACAAAUAUUCUAUUGGGGAAAAUGUACUUGUACUGAUUUCGAAGAAGGAACAGUCGCUUAUGGAUGGAGAACUACUCUUAAUAAUCUCAUUGACAAGAUUUCUGUUAUCACAAGUGAAUCUGAAGUUGUGAAAUCUAAACUCAUUACACUUUAUGAACUUUAUGAUGAUGCAGAAGCAGUUAGACAGGAUAUGCAGCGCAAUUUCGAAGAUCUUGAUAAGGAUGAAUUGAAACAACGAAUUGAAGAAAUCACAAAACGAAUCGAUGAAAUUACAACAGAAGUCAAUACUUACAUUACCUCAGAACAAGUUUGUGCAGGAAGCGAUUGUCCCGAAAACUACACUCCAGUAAAGGAAACUUGUGAAUGUUAUACAUCUGGAAAAGUUGAAAAACAUUUUGAAAUCUUAACAAGAUUCAACAUUCUUGACAAGGAAAUCUUCAGUUAUAAUGGUAAAGAUGCUGAUGGCGAAAUCGAUGGAUUAAAAGAAAGAGCUAUGGCUAUUCGAGAUCUGUUUGAAACACUGUUCAAUUACUUCUAUAAUAACAGUGAAGCACCUGAUGAUGCUGCAAUUGAUGCGCUGAUUCAAGAAAUCACUGAAAAGGUGGAACAACUAGAAAACGAUUUUGCUGAUUUUUACGACAAGAAUAAUCCAUCAAAUUGUAUUUAUAAUAGAAAUGAGAAGAAACAUUAUCAGUAA